UAUAACAUUUAAUCUGCGCACCUUCCUGAAGUUAUUAUUCACCGAAAUCACUGCGAUGAAGAAGACGUUUCUUUGCUCAAUUUUACUAUUUCAACUUUUCAUCCAAUAUUUGGGCGUUGUUGCCACCAGUAAAAAUUUCGGGAAUUCCUCGGGAAAGAGUUCGGAGUUUAAGGAGUCGGUAGACCCGGGGUUUGAUUUAUUUUUUGCCUCCAAUGACCGAGAAGUGGAAAACGUUCCUAUCUAUUUCAAGAAUCCGUUACCUCCUUGGAUAAAAGGGACACUGAUUCGGAACGGUCUGGGAAGGUAUGAAAUUGGACAACGUCGAUUCACGCAUGCGUUUGAUGCUUUUGCAAAACUUCUCAGCUGGAAAUUCCCCGGAAAUGGCACCGCCUUUUUCUCCACGAAAUUCAUUCAAAGUGACUUCUACAAAAAAUCCAUCCAGGUGAACGACAUUGCUCCCUACCUCUUGUUUGAGACCGUGGAGCCCGAAUUCAAUGUAUUCCAAAGAUUUGAGGCAUUGCUGCGUGGUAUUGACAACAUGAAUGUCAAUGUGUAUAAGUUUGGAGAGAACGAUGUAGCUGUUUUGAACGAUUUUUGGAAAAUCUAUACAAUAGAUCCAACCUCAUUGAAAACACGAACUUCAAUCACUCCAUCUAUUCAUGUUCCGAAAUCGCCAUCUGCCUUCACGUUUUUAAAUUUCAUCUCGUCUGCGCAUCCUCUACCGGAAAUGGGCACACCGCAUCAUCUGUCUUACUUGUCAAGUGUCAACAUCAUCCCGGGCAUGAAGAGUAGAAUAUCAUUGGUCAGAAUCAAAUCUUCAGAGGAAAGGGAGAUCAUCACAUCGUGGGAGGUAGACCGCGUACCAUACAUGCAUUCGUUUGCUGCCACUAAAAAUUACGUCGUGUUCUUUGCUUGUCCAUACUUCAUUAAUGUGAAGAAAAUGGUUAGAUACGCGAUACCAGAGCGGUCGCUUGAUUGGGAACAGGAAAGUCCGACAAUUUUGUAUGUUGUUCAUAUCAAAUCAGGAAAAGUGGUUACCAUGAUGACAGAUACUGUAUUCAUGAUGCAUCAAAUAAACGCUUUCGAGAGAGAUGGAGUCAUCAUCGUUGAUAUUUCGGCAUACCCGAACCCAGACUUCGUAAAGAAUCUGGAAAUGAAGAAUUUGUUGGACCCCAUCAAGAGGAACCAAUUUAACACGAGAGCAUCUGUGAGACGAUACACUAUUACACUUAAUACACAAACAGUAGUAUGGAAAACAUUCAGAGACACAGAGACAGCGCCAUGCGCCUCGGCGCUAGAUCUUCCAACUAUCAAUGAAUUCUAUCGGUAUCGGCCAUAUUGCUUUGCGUACGGUGUCGCUCUUAAAUGUAACAACGUUUCUCUGAGUGACAUAGCAAUCGUAAAGAAAGACUUAUGCGGGCGUGGCCGAGACAAAAUGUGGAAGAUAGCCAAUCACUACGCUGUAGAGGCGUGGUUUAUUCCGGAACCAGGUGGCGGCAAAUACGAAGAUGACGGUUACCUUGUUCUCCCGGUUCUAAACGGAGAAGCGAAGAGCAGCUAUCUUGCUUUCAUCGACGCGCGGAGUAUGGAGAUGGUCAAUUCUGCCGAGAUCCCGAUGAUUGUACCAUUCAACCUCCAUGGACGGUUUUUUGAUGAUUUACUUUAGUUGUUCUUUUUUUUAUUUUGCUUAAUUUGAAAGAACACUCCAGUAUAUCAUUGCCUUUGUUAAUAAAAUUCUGUCAAACAGCAUUAUUUUUAGAACAUAAAGUCCAUACCGAUGCAUA